AUGAAUGUCAAGAUUACCCUGAUCUUCCUCUUGUGCUGGAUAGUCUUCCGCUACUACCAACAACGCAAAAUCUCCGCCAAACCAAUGGAGUCCCACGGCAAAGUCACCAACAUUGACAAUGAGGUCAUCUUCAAGGCCCUGAUCUCCUCCGGUCCUACGGUAAUCGACUUCUACGCUACAUGGUGCGGUCCUUGCCGAGCUGUUGGUCCUCAGGUCGGAAAGCUGAGCGAGAAAUACGAGAACGUCCGCUUUAUUCAGAUCGAUGUUGAUAAGAUGGGUGGUGUCGCGAAGCAGUUCAGUGUUACUGCCAUGCCUACGUUUGUUUUUGUUAAGGAUGGACAGGAAUUCGGAACCCGUGUUCGUGGUGCGGAUGUUCGUGCGCUCGAAGCCGGUAUCCAGGCGCUUACUGCAUAA